AUGUCCAAAAUCGGAGUCUUCCCCGCCUCAGGUGGACUGGGAUCCAGCAUAGUGAACCACCUGCGCUCCCUAGUCCCAGCAACCGAUCUCAUUCUCAUCGCAAGAAACCCUGCAAAACUGUCCGAUGAGAAAGAGGCCGGCGCAACCAUUCGCCAGGCGGACUACGAUGACCCGGCAAGCCUUGACAACGCAUUCGACGGCAUCCAGACCUUGAUGCUGAUUUCGUAUGCGUCUUUCGAGAUCGAUCAUCGAGUAAAAGCCCACCGACUAGCAAUCAACAAGGCCAUAAAAAGCGGAGUAAAGCACAUCUUCUACUCAUCUCUCGCUUUCGCAGGCCUCACAAACAAAAGUCUAGCACAUGUUAUGGGUGCACACCUUGCUACAGAGGAGUAUCUAUCCACAAAGCCUGAAAUCAGCUACACGAUUGUCCGCGAAGGAAUAUACACCGAGUCCUUCCCCAUCUACACAGCAUGGUUUGAUCCACAGAACCCCGCUGAUGAAAUCACAAUCCCGCACUCUGGGGAUGGACCUGGUGUUGCGUGGGUUAAGCGGGAUGAACUGGGUGAAGCUACUGCCAAGCUUAUCGUUUCUUAUGUCAAGGAUUCUGCUGCAUUUGGAUAUGUGAAUAAGAUGGUUUUGCUGUCUGGGCAGAGGGUUAUUUCGCUGGCUGAAACAGUUCAGAUCUUGGGGCGUGCGGUUGGGAAGAAUGUAAGGAUUCGGGAGAUUUCUGUUGAUGAGUAUGCGAAGCUCCCGCAUGAAGGGAAGCAUACCUACCAUAGAGUGGAUUUGUCAAGGGAGUGGGCAACGGCGUGGGAGGCUAUUAAAGAUGGUGAGACUGCUGUUAUUUCGCCUGCUAUCGUUGAGAUUUUAGGACGAGAGCCGGAGCAGUAUGAGGAUAGUAUCAGGGAUCUCAUUGGAUCUUAA